UCUGUUUUUUGGUUAUAACAAUGAACUUCAAAAUAUGCAGCUAAUGUUUGACAAACAAAACUACAAAGGGAUUAAAAUGCUAUUUUAGCCUUUUGCAAUAAAAAUAGUUAGUAAGAUUUUAUAUCAGUUCCUUAAAAGACAUAUUAACUUCCCAUAAAUAGUGCGAUAAUACAAACCACAAAUUUAACCAGGACUCUAUUUUCAUUAAAAGAAGUAUCGAAGCCUAUAAAAUAUGGGUAACCUCAAGAAUGAACCAGAAAAAAAAAUUGACCAACAAGAAAUUAACUACGUGCCUUUUGGAACAGAAAAUAUUCAGUUAAAACCUGAAAAUGAACCAAAACAAGUAGACACUUUGUAUAUGUAUUUUGCAGUAUUAACAUGUCAGCUGAUAGUAUUUGUCGCAGGAGGAGCAGCCGUAUGGACGUCUCCUACAAUACCAAUAUUAUUGUCAAACAACACACAUAUAAACCCACUCAGUGAACCCAUAACACCUGUUCAAACAUCAAUGCUGGUUGGAUUUCCAAAUUUUUUAUCAAUUGUGGGAUGUCUUUUUUUCCCCAAACUAUCGGAUGUCAUAGGACGGAAAAAUUUUUUGCAAGUUAUGUCCAUUUUAAUCUUUGUUUCUGGCAUUUUAUUGGCAUUUACUAGAGAAGUUAGCCUACUAAUUGCAGCUCGAAGCAUUAGUUACAUAUUUUAUACAGCAUCAUUUACAGUAAUAAGCGUUUACAUUUCCGAAAUUAGUGAGGAUUUUCAAAGAGCUAAAUUUGGAUGUUUUUUGGGAGCGUUUCACCAAAUUGGUCAUUUUUACUGUUACGUUAUUGGGCCAUUUUUUAACAUAAAGUUAUUAACAAUUUUAAUAGUGUUUCCUACUAUUAUAUUUUUUGUCCUAGCUUUCUUCCUACCAGAAAGUCCAACAUUUUGUUUAUUAAAAAAGAGAGAGGUUCAAUGUAUGAAGUCUUUAUCUAAAUUAAGGAGUUACAAGACUCAAAAGGAAUUAGAAUCAGAUAUGAGCAAAAUAGACCAAGUUAUUAAAGUAAGUUCUGAUCAAAAAAGUCUAAAAUACCUAUUUAAAACUAAAGAAAAUAGAGUCGGCUUGAUGUUAGGCUUACUUCCUUGCAUUGCCCAGCAAUCCUCUGGCAUAUCUGCAAUUAUGAUCUUUCUAGCACCAAUAUUUAAUUCAGCAGGAACUAGAUUUUCAGGAAAUCAUGUAGCAAUGAUAGUUGGUAUGGUAAAAAUGACUACUUUUACAUUUACCUCUUUUGUUGUAGAAAGAGUUGGUCGUAGAAGGAUGCUACUUUUUUCUUCAGUAGGAACAAGUAUGUCCUUAUUUUUCUUAGGUCUUUUCUUUUUCUUAAAGCACCUUGAAUCACCUAUUGUGGCUCAUCUUCAGUGGUUGCCUUUUGUCUCAGUUAUCUCCCUUGUAUUCAUGUAUUCUUUAGGCCUUGGUCCCAUUCCAGUUGGUAUAAUGAACGAGCUAUUUGCACCCAAUUAUAGAGCAGCAGCAUCGUCGUUGGUAAUGGCUUUAUCAAUGAUAGUUGUAACCAUUAUAACAGCAGCCUAUCCGUUGGUUGCUCAAACGUUCGGUCCUCAUUGGUGUAUUUUGAUGUUCAGUUUCCUUUGUUUAGGUGGCUCAACCAUGAUGUUUAUUUACCUGCCAGAAACAAAAGGUAUGAGUUUAAAUGAAAUACAAGAAAUGUUGAAAAAAUAUUAGGUUUAAUAAAUUUUUAAAUCUUUAGUUUUAAAUUUAUGUAAUAAAGUGUUGCCAAAUAUUAAGGUCUAUUAAAGAUUUGAUUGAUUGUGAUAUAUUUAAAUUAAAUUUUAUUUAUAAGUUUAGAUUAAAUAAAAUAAUUGAUGAAAAAAAA